AUGCAGAAGCAUUCAGGCACUCUCCUGCCAAGCCUGGGGACCCGCUCUCCAGGUGCUGCUGCUGCUGCUGCCCAGCCCCGCUCCCACAAGACCGCAGGCUGCCCGCAGCCCGCCUCCGGCCAAGCCCUGGCCGCGGAGGCGAUUCCGCCCGCCGGCGCCGAUCACGGCAAACGGCGCUUCGCCGCGCUGUGGCGGGAGCGCCGCUUCCACACCAUCUUCUAUGGUAGAAUAAGAGCUUUGGAGAGGAAUAAGCUCACAAAGAAGACUUUAGAACUGGCACAGCAGUACUUCUUGCCCCCGUACGCUUUCCAGAUUCGAGUUGGUGCUCUGUACCUUUUGUAUGGGCUCUAUAGUACACAGCUUUGCCAGCCAAAACAAAAGAUCAGAAUCGCGCUCAAGGAUUGGCCUGAAAUCCAGAGAUUUCAACAGGAUCUGAUAGACUCCCAGCAUUAUGAUGCAGCAUACAUCUUUAGGACACUGCGACUUUCCAGAGCAUUCCAUUUCACAGCAAUGCCAAAGCUACUAAACUACAGAACUAAGAAGAAGAUUCAGGAAAACGAAUUUAAAGAGGAAUUUAAGGACCCAAGUAACAGAGUUAACAGCCUCAUCACUAAUGAUGUACUGGAGGAACUGAUGAAUAUUCAUGAUCACUAUCAGAAAAUGAAGUGUGUCAUUUCAGCUGACAAAUCCCAGCCAGACAAGGCCCUGAGCUUGAUAAAAGAUGAAUUUGUAGUUACUCUUAAAGACAUAACCUUGGAACAUCAGGAAUGGCAGCAGAACAGAAUGAAAUUAUUCCUAAAUGCUAAAGAAACUGAUGAAAUAUCAAACAAAAAGGAAGAAGAGAUUUUGCUAGAAUCAGAGGGUUCUGAAAGAGCAAAUGCAUUGGCUAGAAUCAAAUACAGGUCUUACUCUGCAGUUGUUGAGGCUUCCAAAUCCAGAAGACAUCGUCAAGUAAAAUUGGAAUCUUCUGAAUCAGGAUCGAAUUAUGGGAAAUCUCCAAACCGAAGUAAAAAAAACAGUCGGAGACCACAGCCAGCAAGGAGGAGAGAUUCUUUGGAAGUCAAAGGUGAAAUGCAAGUGGCAAAGGAAACUGUUAGUCGGCAUAUUGGGAUGCCUAUAAUCACAGAAGAAGAUAACUCAGAUGAAGAAGUAUCUCUCCCCAAGAGGAAAAGAAGAUGUUAGAGGAUCCGGUUGGAGAAGCACUAAUGUUAAUUUUAAUGACAAAACGUAAAUGUCAGAGGUAACACAAAGUGCUUGUUUUGGAUGCCUUUGAACAUACAACAGGAAGUGUCUGGGACGAGAACUACAGGUGACACUGGAAUACUGGUAGUGACUGGUACACCUUAGCUGUCUCAUGGUACAGCACCUGGUGCCUUUAUUCACUUGGUGCAUGCUUUCUUGUGAGAGACAAAGUUGCUGUGCCCUGUUUGAGAUGGAAAGAGAAGAUGGUUGCUUGUUGUAUUUAGUUUGUACAAUGUGAGUUAUCACUUGGAACUCAUGUUGAUCUGCAACCAUGUUUUUAGCUGAGACUGUUAAAAGAACAGCUCACAAAAUAUUUGCCUGUAUGAGACAUGUUUGGAAUAUUUAUCUCUGAACAUAAAAUUAAGGUUACUGACUGUUUAAAAUUAGUACAAUAAAUUAUUUUUCACAG